AUGAUUCUUGGCACCAAAGCAUCCAUUGUCAUUGCAAGACCCGUUUAUGUCGCCACACUUGUUGCAUGGGCAGCCGUUGAAUCGGCCUUGGGUGCAAGUCCCGUGAAUAUCAUUUGGGUUGGGGAAGACACCUGCGCAGCCGUUCUGGUCGCAGCGGCCAAUGUGGUUGUUGCAUGA